AUGAGUGUACCCACUCAGUUCCUGUUCUCAACCCAGAUAGAGGACCAAGUCAUAUGUUAUUCUGUGUCCUCAAUCAUUUCGGUCUGUAAGAAGAUGAGGGUGAAUAUCUUCAGCUGCCUGUUAGCCUUUAUUCUGGGCUGUAACGUCACUGCAGCAAUAAUCCAUAGAGUAGUCGAGGAAAAUGGCAUUGUCUUCAUGCCAUGCCCUGAUUCUGUGGAGGGUACAGUGACGUGGAGCAGAGAGAGUAAUGGAAACAAAGUUACGAUAUUAACAUGUGAUGGUGAACAGGACAAAAGACACAUCCAUGACCCGGAGAGACGAUACAGAUCACUCGGGAAAAAGCUGCUCUACAUUACCAGAGUUAUCAUCUCAGACACUGGAAGAUACUUUUGUAAUGAUGAACCAGCUGUGGAGCUGAUGGUGAACCCAGCAGGAGGCAACAAGACACCAAUGACAACCUCAGCAACAACAACACCUACAGCAGCAGCAACAACUGAAACAGCGACUCCUUAUCUGUGGCAGAUGUGUGUUCGUACGGUGAUUGGAAUCCUCUAUUUAAUCAUCAUGAUCAGCAUCACUGUCACCACCUGGAGAAAAGGUGAAUAUAGGUUCAACUGAAACUAUCUGAAAAUGUUCAGCAGGUCUGCAUCGUGAUACACUCUCAUGAAGUCAUGUUGGCAACUCAAAGAGGAUUCAACUCAACAAAUAACAGCAAGACACAACAGAAAUAGAAAAUGAUCUCUGAUCCUCCGUCAUGCAGAAACAAGAGCAUGGAAAAUUCACCUGUCAUCAGCAUUCGUCCUCAUUCAGUCUACGGCUGAUGCCACUGAUACACUGCUGAUACUACUAUAACCACUGUUACUACUACUUCUUCUCAGGGCUGUCACUUUUUAUUACAAAUGCAAACACUGCACUGACCUGAAAUUGUAAACUUACAGUCCAGCAGGUGCAACAAACUAUUUGAAGUAGUUGUGGUCCAGCAGACAGCUCACUGUGUCGUGUUUAUUAUGCUAUGUGACUUACGUUGAAAUUGCAAACGAAUUAUGUAGGCCUAUUAGUUUCAAUUUGAUUGAACUUAAACUUUUUGAAAUAGUGAUAGUGCUACUAUUUUUACUGUUUCUGCCGCUGCAGCACAGAGAUCUAGGCCAUUUUUCCUGUUUUUGGUCUGCAUGGUUUCUUUUUGUAAGAAGUAAAACUGCAAUGCACAACAAUGUUGCAUGCAUUUUCUUUCCAGAACAAACUGGGCUAUAAAAAUAUGUAUAUAUAUGUAUAUAAAAUAUGUAGGGAUGUGACAUUUAUGUAUAAAUAGUUACAUGACCAUAAAAAUGAAAAAUAAAAACAGAAAUUGAAUCAUAGAUAUUAAUUCAAAACACACAUUGAACAGUGCAUUACAGGACUCUGGGCUGUAGAAGUUUGCAAAGUGAGCAAGUGAACAAAAGAAAAAUCUAUAUCAAAUCAGCAUCUGGUGUGAGCACCCUUUGCCUUUAAAACAGCAUCAAUUCUUCCAGGUACACUUGUGCAAAGUCAGGGAUUUUGUAGAAUCACAGUCACGUGUAUGAUUAACCAAUUAUAUCAAACAGGUGCUAAUGAUGAUCAGUUUCAUACCGUUCUUAGAACAGGAGGCUUAAAACUGGGGGAGGAACAGCCAGACUCUGCUACCAAGGUGAGGUUGUGGAAGACACCGUGACAGGACUGAGCACAGCAACAAGACACAAGGUAGUUACUGUGCAUCAGCGACAUUUCUCCCAGGCAAAGAUGAAACAGGAAAUGUUGAGGACCAUAGACACAGUGGUCGGCCAAGGAAACUUAGUGCAGCAGAUGAAAGACACAUUAUUCUCACUUUCCUUCUAAAGCAGAAGAUGUCCAGCAGUGCCAUCAGCUCAGAACUAGCAGAAACCACUGGGACCCAGGUACACCUAUCUACUGUCCAGAGAAGUCUGGCCAGAGGUGGUCUUCAUGGGAGAAUUGCGGCCAAAAAGCCAUACCUCUGAUGUGGAAGCGGGGCCAAGCGACUCAAGUUUGCACAAGAACAUAGGAACUGGGGUGCAGAAAAAUGCAGCAGUCUGUAAGAAGAUGAGGGUGAAUAUCUUCAGCUGCCUGUUAGCCUUUAUUCUGGGCUGCAACGUCACUGCAGCAAUAAUCCAUAGAGUAGUCGAGGAAGAUGGCAUCAUCUUACUGGAAUGUCCUGAUUCUGUGGAGGGUACAGUGACGUGGAGCAGAGAGAGUAAUGGAAACAAAAUUGAGAUAUUAACAUGUGAUGGUGAACAGGACAAAAGACACAUCCAUGACCCGGAGAGACGACACAGAUCAUUUGGGAAAAAGCUGCUCUACAUUACCAGAGUUAUCAUCUCAGACACUGGAAGAUACUUUUGUAAUGAUGAACCAGCUGUGGAGCUGAUGGUGAACCCAGCAGAAGGCAACAAGACACCAAUGACAACCUCAGCAACAACAACACCUACAGCAGCAGCAACAACUGAAACAGCGACUCCUUAUCUGUGGCAGAUGUGUGUUCGUACGGUGAUUGGAAUCCUCUAUUUAAUCAUCAUGAUCAGCAUCACUGUCACCACCUGGAGAAAAGCUCAACAAAUAACAGCAAGACACAACAGAAACAGAAAAUGAUGUUUGAUCCUCCAUAAUGCAGAAACAAGAGCAGUCCAAACUCACCUGUCAUCAGCAUUCGUCCUCAUUCAGUCCAACUGUAAACUACUGUUACUGCUUCUACGGCUGAUGCCACUGAUACACUGCUGAUACUACUAUAACCACUGUUUCUACUACUUCUUCUUAGGGCUGUCACUUUUUAUUACAAAUGCAAACACUGCACUGACCUGAAAUUGUAAACUUACAGUCUAUAAGUACAACAAUGUAAACUAAGCACAAAACAGUAAGGAAAUUUGUGUGUUGGUAGAUUAUUUCUGUGUUGAUCCUACAAUCCAAUUGCCGUAGGCAGAAUCUGGACUCAUUGCUGAACAUAAUGUUCCUCCACAUGCUCAGGUUCCAGUGCACGUGUUGCUGACAUCACCUCAAGCGGGCCUGACAGUGAAGGGCAGUCAUGGUAGGCCUCCUUGCAGCCCUGUUAGACCAGAGAUUGGCUGUGUGCAGUCUGUUCUAGAUUGUCUGGGCAGAGAGCCGACGGCCAUGUCGUCUUGCAAACCUUGACUGCAAAUCUGUAGAAGACUGCACCAUUUAAAAGGGAAAUAAGCAGGCUUUCCAACAGUAUAUGUUUUAUUGCCAAGAAGCAUUGUAAAAACAAAGAAAUAAUCUACCAAACACAAAUUUCCUUACUUUUUGUGCUGUUUAUUCAAAUUAGUUUAUGCUGUGGUCCAGCAGACAGCUCACUGUGUCUUGUUUAUCAUGCUAUGUGAGUUACGUUUGCAAACGAAUUAUGUAUUAGUUUCAGUUUGUUUAAACUCAAGCUUUUUAACAUAGUGAUAGCUCUACUACUUUUACUGUUUCUGCCGCCACAGCACAGACUGUAGUUAAACACAGUUAAAACCUACAGAGGUCUAGGCCAUUUUUCCUGUUUUUGGUCCGCAUGGUUUCUUUUUGUAAGAAUGCAAGUACAACUGUAAUGCACAACAAUGUUGUAUGCAUUUUUAUUUUCCAGGACAAACUGGGCUAUAAAAAUAUGUAUGCUGCAGGGAUGUGACAUUUCUUUGACAAUAGUUAAAUUAUAUACAUGCAAACAUUUUAGGUAGGUGUAAGGAAAUGCUGUAAAGUAAGAAUGCCUUUGCUGCAUGUCACUCCCUCUCUCUCUCUCUCUCUCUCUCUCCCCCCUCACGCUUGUCUGUCCUGUUAAAUAAAGGCUAAAAAUGCCCAAAAAUGAUCUUUUAAAAAAAAAAAAAAUGAAUGCUUUCAAAAAUGUAAAUUAAAAAAAUAUAGAAAAUAUAUAUUUAAUUGUUUGUUUCAUCAAUGUACAAAAUGCAAAGUUAGCAAGUGAACAAAAAAAAAUCUAAAUCAAGUCAACAUCUGGUGUGACCACCUUUUGCCUUUAAAACAGCAUCAAUUCUUCCAGGUACACUUGCAGCAGAAGAAAGACACAUUAUUCUUACUUCCCUUCUAAAGCAGAAGAUGUCCAGCAGUGCCAUCAGCUCAGAACUAGCAGGAACCAGUGGGACCCAGGUACACUUAUCUACUGUCCGGAGAAGUCUGGCCAGAAGUGGUCAACAUUAAGUCUGUCUGGGAUAACAUGAAGAGACAGAAGGAUAUGAGGCAGCCUACAUCCACAGAAGAUCAGUGGUUAACAACCUAGCUGCCGAGUUCCUUCAAAAGCUGUGUGCAAGAACUAAAAAUAAACAAUUACAUUUUACAUUCAUUCAUUCAUCUUCUAACUGCUUCAUCCUCUUGAGGGUCGCGGGGGGGCUGGAGCCUAUCCCAGCUGACUUCGGGGUGAGAGGCAGGGUACACCCUGGACAGGUCACCAGACUAUCGCAGGGCUGACACAUAGAGACAAACAACCAUUCACGCUCACAUUCACACCUACGGACAAUUUAGAGUUAUCAAUUAACCUAGUCCCCAAUCUGCAUGUCUUUGGACUGUGGGAGGAAGCCGGAGUGCCCGGAGAGAACCCACGCUGACACGGGGAGAACAUGCAAACUCCGCACAGAAGGGCUCCCACGCCUGGGAUCGAACCGACAACCCUCUUGCUGUGAGGCGAGAGUGCUAACCACCAUACUACCGUGCCGGCCACAUUUUAUA